AUGCAGUGUGGAAUUAAAGAGAGGAAGCUAGUUUUGGAUUGUGCUACACGAUGGAAUAGCACAUACAAAAUGCUAGUGACAGCACUGCAGUUCAAAGAGGUCUUUCUUCGGUUUAUGCUUGUUGAGUCAAGUUAUAUUUAUUGUCCAACAAGGGAAGAGUGGGAGAGAUUGGAGGUUGUCUGUGACUUCUUGGAAAUAUUUGAUGAUAUAACAAAAUUAAUUUCUGGGUCACAGUAUACCACUGCAAAUAGAUACUUUCAAGAAGUGUUUAGGAUAAAAGAGGUCUUGAGAGAGCGAGAAUUUGAUGAAGAUUAUUCUAUAUCAAUGAUGGUGCGAGCAAUGUCAGAAAAAUUUGACAAAUAUUGGGGUGAGGUGAAUUUCCUUAUGGCGAUUGCUAGCAUCAUGGAUCCCAGGAUAAAGUUUUUUAUGAUUACUUUGGCAUUUCCCACUUUAUAUGGUGAAGAAAAUACCCCUGUGGAGAUAGAAAAUGUCAAAAGGGCGUUAGAAAAAUUAUAUGGAGAAUACGUUGACAUGUUGUCAUCAAGAAAUUCAUCAACCGUAUUUGCACAUCCACAACAUCAGCCAAAGACCCAACAAGCACCAUCAAGUACAUCAGGUAAAUCAUCAAGCUCUCGAUAUUCAGAAACUAGACAUUAUGGUCCUGGAUAUAGUUGGAUGCGUUUGAAGGAUCAUAAGGAGAAAACAUACUCAGUAGAAACUAAGAAGUCUGAGUUAGAAAUGUAUUUGGACGAGCAUUGUGUGGAGAUACCUGAUGAUGUCAACUCAGCGGACUUUAAUGUGCUUCACUGGUGGAGAGACAAUCAAUACAAGUAUAAAUGGCUUCAGAGAGCGCAUUUAGUGCGGGUAGUAGAGUGA